CUUCAGUUCCUUAAAAGCAGUAAAUAAAGUUUCUGUAUGUGUAUAAAAUGUCAAAAUGUUUCCUGCGGAAGUAAUAAAUUUACCGAAGCGUGAAUUUUAAUUGCCUACAAAAUAAACGUUUCGCUUAAAACAAAUAAAUCGAAGUCAAAAUUUAGCUUAGCGUUAACCACAUUUAACGGAGAUGGUUAAUUCAUCAACGUCACUCGUUAAUUUGUUUAUCGUGCUUUUACAGAAACCUUUAAAAGAAUUGAAACUGAAACGACUCUGGUCUAGUGUUCGAUCAAACAACAAUAAUUUGGACUCACAAAAUGAAAGAGGACAAGAUGAAGUAUCUUGCGAAGAAGGAAAACCUUCGACCCCACAUUGUUCGUUGCCAUUACUACAAGUUUGGCCGAGUUCAGAGUCACCUCGCGGAGAGGCAGACGGUCAAAGCUUCAUAUUUCCUGAUUGUCAAGACGAUGUUUCCUCAGGUCGGUCAACAUUGUGUGAAAAUUCACACCUACACGACUCAGGAAUUGACUCAAAUCAGGUUUCUCCGUUACCACUCAUAUGUGGUUCGAAUUCAGCAACAGCUUCACCAACUCCUAGUUUUCGUCGGCCUAGUACUGGUUUCCUUCAUCCUUACCAUGCCAAAUAUCCCCACCUGCAUCCCCUAUCGUCUCCUGAACACACGUCAGUGGAAGACGUUUGCGAAGCAACUCGCGGCAAUAACGGUGUCUCCGCUUCGACAUCAUCAAGCGCGUCGUCUCUCACGUCAGUCGCAGCGGCAGCCAUAUCUGGAGUGAUAUCUCGAAGGACUAGUGAUAAUUGCGAACCCGAACGAAGGCCAUCAGCCAUCACGACCAGAUACUCAUUAUUCGACGCGUUAGAUUUGGAAUAUGCUCUUUUGAAGGCUGCCGCACGUGGAAGUGUAGGACCCUAUUCGCUUAGUGAAAGUAUUCAUAAGUUGACAUUCACGCAAAGUUUGGCAUUUCCGGCCCUCGCUAGGGGUCUGGCAAGUAAGAGGAAACGUUCCCGAACCGACAGUCGGUCGCGACCCAUUAAUCCCACGGGAAGCGGUCUUAACACCUUCGCAAAAGUUGUAACCGCUUCUGUCUUGGUACUAGUGAGUGUUCUAGUGUUUGCUGUUGUUUAUAAAUUUGUGAGGACGUGAGGUUUGCUUUUGGCUCCAAUGGGAGCUGCAAAGAAUACUGUUGUUCUUAAAGAAGCUAAUACGCCCUAAAACUUGUUUUAUGUUGUUACUUUGUUUUCUAACCGCAUUUUCAAUUUUAUAAACUUUCUGAUAGGUUUACAGAUGUUCCGGGUGGAUUCAGUCCUGUUCUUGUAAUGAUUUUUCAUACCAUUUUCAGUUAGUGGAAAUCCAAAAUAUUCGGAUUUUGAUACAGAAUCAAUUAAUUUAUCGAUCAGCCAUCUACCUCAUCGAGAUUAUUAUGAUUCAUUUUACAUUUCAUGUGAUACUACGAUAGAUAAAAUCAAUCGACAGUAGUAGUAGCUUUGAAGCAUUUUCGAAAUUGUUGAUUAUUAUUAAUUAAAGCCAGUUAAAUUUGCGUCUGUCUGUCUUGAUAUGGGUACAAUAAAACAACGUUAAUUAAACAAAAUAAUUCUAAUACUCUGUUUGAUCAGUUUUAUAAAAUCAUGUUGUGAAUUUUUUAUCAGUUCGAAAUUGCUUUCAAAUAUAAUAGUAUGCAUUUUGCGCUUGUAACCUCAGGCUUCAUUUCCGGCCGAUAAAACACAUUCUUUUACUUUUUUACUUCCCUUUGCGGCAACAUACAUAAAUUAUUUUUACUUCCUGUACAUCUACAGCACAGUACCUUUCAUAUAAUACAUGUUUCGUUCCUCUUCUUUAAUAAAUAAUAGAUAAGGAUAAAAUGUAUCAAACGUUAUAACGUUCACUUGUUAAUACAUAUAAUGAUUACUAUUAGUAAUUAAGUGUUUGUAUAUUUCUGAAACCAUCAAAUGGACUUUUCAGAUUUUGUGAUUUUAAUAAAACACAAAGUGCCUCGUUCUAGGCAAUCAUAAAAAAUAUUUUCUAUUGCACAAUUGAUAUAACAAUUUGCAGUUAGCAAUUUAUAGAUAUCCAUUGUUUCUUUUACUGAAAUGAUUUUGAUAUCAUUGAAUAUACUUUUUCCUUUGUACUUCCUGCUAAUUUAACAUUAAGUGUAACAGAUUUUACUGUCAUUUUUACAGAAUAUUGGUGAAACGCAUUUUAUUUUAAUUUAUUACCUGAUAGUAGGUAUGUAUACGUUUUUAAAACUUUUGGUAAUAGUAAUUCCGUUGAUUUAUGUAAAGUUUUCAUCUAAUUCACUGAUUCCAUGUUAACCUCUAUCGUCUCUAGGUACAGGUUUGGUAAUCAUAAUUUUAAGAUUGAAAAUUUU